UUUAUGGGGUUGCGCGAAACGGAGCAGGUGAUCAACGAGCCGAUUCCAGUGGCAGAUCUAAAGUACAUUGAGGCAAAGUACAGAUUAGCGUCCAAAAACCAGAGUCUCACCCAGGACGACGAGUUCCAGUAUGCUUGUUGUCUUGUAAAGAGCCAGUACGAAGACGACGUCAAAAAGGGCAUGAAGAUGUUCAAGAAUCUAGUUGACAACUCGUAUGCCGGAGCGAGAGAGUGUCUCUACUAUCUUGCUGUUGGGAACUACAAACUGAAAGAGUACUCACAGGCACUACCUUUGAUCUCUCUGGUGUUAGAAAAGGAACCAAGUAACUCACAAGCUCAAGAUUUGAAGCAACUCAUUGUCAACAAGCAGAGACGUGACGGAAUCAUAGGCGCUGCAGUUCUUGGAGGCGCAGCGUCGGUGGGGCUGAUCGGCGCCUUGGCUGCAGGAGCUCUAUUAGCAUUUUCAAGAAAACGAUGAUUUCGCAGAAGGAUUUUAAUAGUUUUUUUUUGCCAGGGCAUCUAUGAAUUAUCGUUGAAAUUCCAUUAGAAUCAUUGUAUCUCCGUAUAGUUAGUUGCGCAAUUUUAAUUUAUUUUCACAACUCAA